UUCGUCAUUAAUCAUGCACACAAACGAGGAUUAAGAAGACUAAUAUAGCCCUGAAGAACGGCGUCGUCCGGGUGUAGUAGCAGUCAGCCAAUCAAAAAGCACCUCCUCGUCUUCCUCAACAAAUCCCCAAUAUAGUAAACCCUAAUUGAGAAUCCUCUUUACUCUCCUCCUCCUCCAAAAAGAAGAGAAAAAAUAAAAUCAUCAUAUACAUGAAGUUGUUACUGUCCCCAUUCCCCCUUUACAUUCCCCAAUUUUCUCAAAAAUGACAAAACAAAUCAACCCAAUUACCCCAACAACGUGCAACAACUGCAACAUCGAAGAACGUUGGUUCCUUCACCACGUCCGUCACAGAGGUAUAUUCCGUAAACUCUGCACUAACUGCGUCCUUCGUCUCCACACUCAGUCCUUUUGUCCUACUUGUUACCUCGUUUACCACCCUGCCCCACCUUCCCUAAACGGCCUCGUUUCAUGUGUUCAAUGUUAUUCCUACUCACACAACUCUUGUGUGGGUCCCAAUCCACCUCACCCUUACCUCUGUCCCCUUUGUGUUAACCCUAAUGUGCUCCUUUUUAGCCUUAAAAGGGGUAAAGAUGUUGGUUUGGGUGAUAAUGACGUGGAUAGAAACUCUAGGGUUGUUGAUAUGAAGGCUGCUAAGGUCUUGUUGACGGCUGCUAAGAUUGCUGCCGGCACGGUUAAUAAGGCGGCGUUGGCGGCGAGGGUUGAGGCGGAGAGGAGGGCCAAGGAGGCUGCGUUUACGAGGAAACGAGCGAGGGAGGCGUUAGAGCAUGUUGCGUAUUUAACCGCUAGGGAUAAGAUGAUGAAGAAGAAGGAUGUAUUGACAUUGCCGCUGUCUUUGAAUGGCAAUAGAGGGAGCGGUAAUCAGUGUCUUAGUAUGGUGGUUGCUGCUGUGCCGUUGGAGGAAGAGAAUGCUGUGAAUAAUGGGGAUAAUAGGUUGGAUGGUGAUGCUGAGGUUUUAGUAGCUUUGAAUGCUGUCGACUUGAAAGGACAGAAUUCGGUUUCGGGGUUGACAGCUGGCAGUAAUGGAUCUGCAAUGGAUGUUGAGGACGACAAGGCUGAGGAACUGGUGCGUCAGAAUGGCCAAACGGAGAUGGCAAACGAUGGAACGGUAAAUUCCAAUGCUGGGAAACCGAAUGGUAGUGUCCCACAGCUAUAAUUUGUAGAAUGGAAAUGGUAAGAUCAAGGUUAUUUGGCUCGCAAAGGCUAAUGUUUGGGAAUUUAAUUGAUCUGAAUGUGAAGACUGGGAUAUGGUUGGUGUCGGUUAUUUUUGUUAGACUAAGGAUAUUAUCAGUACAGUGUUUCUUCAGUAUUUCUUGUGUAGAGAUGUUCUUUUGUAUUUUUAUCUAAUGAAAGGUCAGUUCCAUGUGUUGGUGCUUCCCUAAAUCUAAUUGCUCGGGCUUGUUUUGUUA